CCGAGUAAUUUCUGCCAUUUUCCCCCAUUCCCUUUGAACUUCAUUCUCUUCACACAGCUCCUCAAAAGGUUACUGUUAUAGACGAUAGUGGUAACUCUUCGGGAUCUUCGUUACUAUCUACUCUUUGAAAAUCCCACCUGGCCAUCGGUGUCCUUUGUCUCUGUUUCGCCUAUGCUAUCCGUAUAACAACCCCCCCCAGCGCCCCCUUGAGCUAUGGCGAACCUGUCAACGCUACGCCCUUCGCUGGUGAUACUGCUAGAUCAGUACACGAAGCUCCUGCGCUCUUCUCCCAAAUCACUCCGCAUUCUCGCUGCUACAGUCCUCUGCACUCUAUUUGGUUGUCUGUAUGAGCGAAGACGGCGGAGGAAAGCAGAUGAGGGCCGGGGGCGUGUGCUUCUGCGACGGAACUCUGCCAUCCAGCUCAAAGAUGGUUCAAGAUUGAUCUAUGUUCCCUACAAGCAAACCACUGCCAAAGUAAUAAUAAAACCGACCAAAUCCACUACCUUUGAUGCCCAUCGUCGCCUGUUUCUCGAACCUUUAGGGGCCCGGAAGUCUCGCUCGUUCGGUGGCGCUGAUGUGGGAGAGGGCCCUCCUGUUAAUACUAAGCCGGGGUUAAAUUUGGCUUUUCUUCAUCAAUUCUUGAGUCUUCUUAGUAUUAUGAUACCUCGGCUCACAAGCAAAGAGAGUCUGUUGCUGCUUCUUCACACCUUCUUCCUGAUAAGCAGAACCUAUCUCAGUUUAGUAGUCGCAAGGCUGGACGGUGAGAUUGUUCGAGAUCUUGUCGCUGGAAAUGGGAAGGCGUUUUCUUGGGGUAUUGUGAAAUGGCUUGGUGUCGGCGGUCCGGCUGUUUAUUGCAAUGCCAUGAUAAAAUAUCUCCAAUCGAAAAUCUCAAUAGCUUUCCGCACUCGUUUGACACGGUACAUACAUGACUUGUACCUCAAUGAUAGACAAGCCUAUUACAAGCUCGGUAAUCUCGAUGGCGGCUUGACGGGUGGGGGAGCUGAUCAGUUUAUCACCUCUGAUCUCCCAAUGUUCUGUGACUCGGCUGCUGCGUUGUAUUCUUCUCUUGGCAAACCCUUCUUGGACUUGGUGGUAUUCAAUUACCAGCUUAUGAGAUCGUUGGGUCCAAUGGCACUGGCAGGCAUCACGCUCAAUUACGGUGGCACUGCAUGGAUGUUGAAGAAGUUCUCUCCGCCAUUUGGAAGGCUUGCUGCUGCUCAAGCUAAGCGUGAGGGUGAUUUCAGAGGGCUGCAUACCCGGUUGAUUGGAAAUGCCGAAGAAGUUGCCUUCUACGGCGGCGCCGAUAUGGAGAAGGUGUUCUUAGAGAAAGGCUUCAAAGAUCUAAAGCAAAUCAUGGAGGGCAUUUAUAAUGUUAAAAUCCAAUACAACAUGCUAGAAGAUUUUGUCUUGAAGUACAGCUGGUCGGCCUUCGGAUACUUGAUCACCUCUCUCCCUGUCUUCUUGCCUGCUUGGGGCGGUCUUGGCGGUGUCCUUGAACUCGCUGGGACUGAGCCUGCGGGUAGGGAAAAAGACAGAAUGAAGGGCUUUAUUACUAACAAACGGCUCAUGCUGUCGCUUGCGGAUGCCGGUGGUCGUAUGAUGUACUCCUUCAAGGAUUUGUCCGAAUUGGCGGGUUAUACUUCGAGGGUGUAUACUCUUGUAUCAACACUUCACAGAGUCCAUUCCCAAGCAUACUCGACUCCCCGACCUGAACUAUACGGAAUGGCCGAUAUUCAAGGUACCCUUCACAAAGGGUACGACGGUGUUAGGCUCGAGGGUGUUCCAAUUGUUGCUCCAGGGCUCUGGCCGAGAGGUGGAGAAGAAUUGGUGGAGAGCCUGGAUGUUACGGUUAGGGAAGGCGAGCACUUGCUAAUCUUAGGACCGAACGGCGUUGGGAAGUCGAGUAUUGCUAGGAUUGUUGCGGGGCUUUGGCCGGUUUACAGGGGCCUUGUCAGCAGACCCCGUGGCGGAGGGAUGGAUGGGAUUAUGUUCCUCCCCCAAAGAGUCUACCUUGCCCAGGGCACAUUGAGGGAUCAAGUUAUCUAUCCACACACGGAGAUGGAGAUGCGUGCAGAUGGACGGUCCGAUCAUGAGUUGAAAGGGAUACUGGACGCCGUCCGUCUGAGGCGUCUUCCAGAUAGAGAGGGUGGAUGGGACUGCCGCAAGGAAUGGAAAGACGUCUUGAGUGGUGGCGAGAAGCAACGGAUUAGUUUGGCGAGACUUCUCUAUCAUGAGCCUAAAUAUGCUUUUAUUGAUGAGGGAACAUCUGCUGUUUCCCAAGAUGUUGAAGGUCUCCUUUAUGAAACUGCCAAGGAACACGGGAUAACCCUAAUCACGAUAUCCUCUCGUGCACAGCUCAAGAAAUAUCACACCUUCCAAUUGCAAUUGGAUGGUGGUGGGUGGGAAUUUGACAGAAUCGGAACAGAAAGAGAGCGUAGUAGCGUUGAGCAUGAGCUUAGAGAGCUCAAGGAGAAGAUGAAGAGUGUGGAGGGCCUAAGAGACAGGCUGAAGGACAUUGAAGAUGAACUCGCGAGGGUGUUCGUCCAGGGCGGUGAGGAGCUCCCAGCAUAUGAAGAGACAGAGCAGGGAAGCAGUGAGUUGGGAGAGAGUGCAGUUGUCGUGGAAGGCGAAGGACUUGAGCCGGCAAAGGGAGUGGAUAUGAGGGGGGAGGGCUUCGCUGGCGUGGUUGGGAUGGCGGUUGGUAUGGAGAACUCUGGGCAAGAGGAGGAAGAGGAGAAGGGAGAGAGCUCCAAGGAUGCAUCUGAGCCGGCCGUUCCCAAGGUAGGGGCCGAGCCGGCUAAACCGGUAGACCUGGAGAACGGGAGCUUUGCCGACACCGUAGGAACGGAUCCUGGUGAAGAUCAAUUUACUCCUGCACUUGUAGGAUUGAGACUUUAGAUUUCAUGUUCGAGUAGGGAUCGCAAGUGUAUGAUAUUUAAGCAACAUUGUAAAGGGCUUCUGUGUUAUCCUGUUUUAGAUACUCUGGUAUAGCUACCGUAAGUGCUUGAACACGAGAGAAACCUUCUAGGUCACUGAAAUUACC